GAACUUAACGCGUAUGCAUAUCUCCCCAUUCCCAUAUGGAAAAGAUCCCUUAAGCUUAAUCACCAAGAAAUUCCACACACGCGUUUAAUUUUAUUGCAAAACGUCAAGAUUUUCUGCUUUUAUACCUUAAAAGUAUUUAUAAACACACACACACACACACACACUGCCUGCGUAAUCAACAAAAGGUGCAAAGGAGCACCUAGCUUUUGUUACUUUGUGGUCGAAUGGGGAAGAAACUGGAUGCUUUGCUCGGGAGAAGCUUCAAAGCCACUAAAUUCAAAGGCACGGCGUCGCUCGCCGUUUCCCGCCUCGCCGUGCUCAAGAACCAGCGCCGCGCCCGCUGCUCCGUCGCCCGAUCCGACGUCGUUCAAUUCCUCACCAACAACACCCACGACAGAGCUCUUCUCAGGGUGGAGCAGGUUAUAAAGGAGCAGAACAUGUUGGAUGUGUUCGUGGUGUUGGAAGGAUACUGCCAUCUGCUUGUGGAAAGAGUCAGCCUCUUCGAACACAACAAGUUGGUGAUUGGUUUUCUCUCCGAUGACGACGAUAAUCCGCACGCAUUCACACUGACUUCAAUUUCUAUUUCUUUAUAUGGUAGAUUUUGCCCAGAGGAGCUGCUCGAAGCGGUUUCGACAUUGAUCUUCGCUUCGACGAGAUGCGGAGAUUUUCCGGAGCUGCAGGAGCUUCGAUCGAUCUUCACUCUUCGAUUCGGGAGGGAAUUCGCAGCUCGCGCCGUUGAAUUGCGCAAUAAUUGUGGAGUCAAUCCCAAGGUUAUACAGAAGCUAUCGACCAGGAUGCCGAGCUUGGAGAACAAGAUGAAGGUGCUUAAGGAGAUCGCUUUGGAGAACAGCAUUGAGCUUCCUACAUCAGAAACUCCAGUGGAAGCCAGUGUGAGUUCAUCUGAGGAGAAGGCGGAAGAUGAGAGAGAAAGUGGUAGCCUGAGGGGAAAGUACAAGGACGUGGCGGAUGCGGCGCAAGCGGCUUUUGAGUCGGCCGCUUACGCCGCCGCCGCGGCCAGAAUCGCGGUGGAACUGUCUCGAUCGGAGUCGGGGGAUCCGGCCACUCCCAAAGAGCAGAUUACUGGUACGGAAUUGAAGUCAAAGAAUAUUGUUAGGAGGUCAUUCUCUGGAUCGAGCUCGGAUUCAGAAGGGGGAGUGAUUGAGGGAAAUGAAGUAUUUGAUGAGAGAGAGAUGGCUUCGGAUGGAAAAGGUGAGAAUGGAUCAAGGAAUGAAGGUGGUGUAGAGCCUUUGGAUAUUAGUAGAAGGCCGAUCUCGGUUCGGACCACGUGGGCACGAGCACGAUGACAUGGGUGUGGCUCGUGGAGUAAAAAUUCAUUAGUUCGGACAUGUUAUCACAUGAUAUGUCUAAUUAGUUUUUGAAAUUGCAAUUGAUUAAACAUAUCAUGUGGCAAUAGUCAUAAUAUGUCUAAACCACUGAAUUUUUAUUCUGGUGUAUAUGUCAGGUCAAAUUUUCAUGUUGCUUCCUUUUGCACCGUUUAAUUUUGUAAGUUGUAAUUUUGGUCUAAGUUUUAAUGCUGAUAUGAAGUUUAUUUUUGCUUA